AUGCGUGCAGCGAGUUUGGAGAGUUGGGGACUCAUUCUCAACUCGUUCACCGAGUUGGAGACUCAGGAGCUAGAGCUCGUCAAGAAGUUCAUGAAGCAUGAUCGGGUUUGGGCUUUCGGGCCGCUGUUGCCAGUCCAGUCGAGCCCAAUUGGAAAGAAUGAAAGAGUUGGAUUAACAAUUGGCUCGUUCGUUCCAGCCCACGAGGUCAUCAAGUGGCUCGACUCGCACCACGGGGACUUGUCGAUUGUAUACGUGGCAUUUGGAAGUCAGAUCACAAUGAACAGAAGGCAAAUGGAGGCUGUAGCUAGUGCGCUAGAGGAGAGUGGGGCCCUCUUCAUUUGGGUCGUGAGGGCCUUAAUGAAAGGAACGGAUGUUGAUGAAGAGGAUCAGAGCAUGAUCCCAUAUGGGUUCGGAGAUCGUGUGGAGAGGAGAGGCCUCGUGAUCAAAGGGUGGGCCCCGCAAGAUGAAAUAUUGAGGCAUCGGGCCGUUGGAUCGUAUUUGGUGGAUGAGCUAUUGGAUUACCAUGCAAGCUGA